UAAGGACUGCAUUUAUCGUAAUGUCGUAUCUGUUUGUUUAUGAACUUGUUUAUUAUAAUAACUUUCUCCGAACAGUGUGGUUGGUGGUGAGAGAUAAUUAAUAUUAGUUAAACAUGUCCUUCAGAAUUCUAUUCGUUUUAUUUACGACAAUCUCAUUGUCUACUAGCAAACAGUAUAGAAGUGACUACGUGUACAAUCGAAAAUCAGAUGCAUUCUACAAAUUGCAUAUAGAGAGUCUUUUCAAGAACCCUGCAAUCAGAGCAUGCGAAGUGGAAGGGGCACAGUUGAUGGCAUCAAUAACUGAUUACGACAUUGCUCAGGUGCAUGAAAUGUUGAAAGAAUACCCUGACAUUGGAGAUUACGUGUGGGUGCAGGAGGAAGGGCCAAUGGAAAACCGACAAGACAUAGAAUCUGAAGAAGCUCUGUUUACGCCAUCAUAUCAUGAAGACAGUGGUGUAAAUCAAAUGUACAAUUGCGACGUCCUUACACGUCAAGGAAAAAUCGAGACCGGCGGCUGCAUUCGAAACAUGCCAUUUGUCUGUAAAGUGGAUGCGAAAGAUGCCUACUACGAUGCUGAGUGUAAAGUUUACGGCAAAGAUUAUCAGUACGAAGGAGAUAUCGGAAGCUGUUAUAAGAUCCCUAUGGUUAGGGUCACUUGGGACCAGGCCUAUGCGGAGUGCAAAGCUGAAGGAGCACAUUUGGUAGUGAUUAACUCGGAAGCUGAGCAAUUGAUUGUAUGGAACAUGACCAAAGCAGUAAUGAAUGCGAAUCUAAUGGGAGAUACAUGGUACUUCUAUGCUGGUUACAGAGCUAACAGACCUACUGACAACAGUCCAAGAGUAUUUUUGACCAUUUUUAAUCAGACGCUAGACGAGGCCGGUUUCAAUGUAUGGUCGAGAAAUGAGCCAAAUAACUAUAUGAACAGAGAAUAUUGCGGUUCCAUCUUUAAGAAAGAUGGGAGAUUGAACGAUAUUGAUUGCACGGGCCAGCGUUCAUUUAUUUGUGAGAAGGAGAUAAAAUAA